AUGCGCCCUUCUGGGAACGACUCCGGCGAUGAGUUUCCGGCCUCUGCAGCCUCCCGGCGGGACGCAGGCCUAGGGGUGGGCCUAGCUCGGGGCAAGUCCGAGAGCAUUAAACGCCCUAAAUCUCAUCGAAUCCCAGACUUCUGCAAGCGAGACAGUCUCUACGGGAAAGCGCAACUAUCAGGGCAGCUAAAAGCUGGCGGCGUGCUGGCUAUCGACAAGGCCAGGGAGCCCAUCACCUUGGUGUUGGCGGAAGAUGGCACCAUUGUGGAUGAUGAAGACUACUUUUUGUGUCUGCCGCCUAACACCAAGUUUGUGGCGCUGGCUAAGAACGAGAAAUGGUCCAGCAAGAACUCAGAUGGUGGUACUGCCUGGCUCUCGGAGUCUAUAGAUGAAGUGGACAGUGCUGUAGAGAAGUGGAAGCAGCUGGCCAGGCAGCUGAAGGAUGACCUGUCUAAUAUAAUCUUGAUGUCUGAAGAAGACCUCCAGGUGCUUAUUGAUGUACCACGUUCAGACCUGGCAGAGGAACUUGCGCAAAGUCAACCUAAAAUCCAAGUAUUGCAGGACACCCUGCAGCAGGUGCUGGACAGACGAGAAGAAGAACGCCAGUCAAAGCAGCUCCUAGAACUCUACCUAGAGGCCCUGAAAAAUGAGGAUAGUAUCCUAAGCAAAGUAGCAGAAUCUGACACUGUACCAAGAAAGGAGAUGGAUGUGGUUGACACAGGUACCAGCAGUACAGGCAUUUCUGCCAAAACAGCUCUCAGUGACCAGAUCCUUGCUGCUCUGAAAGAGAAACCUGCCCCAGAACUCUGCUUGGACAGUCAAGAUUUAGAGCUGGUUUUCAAAGAAGACACAGAAGCCCUGGCCUCGGCUCUAAGCUGGGACAAGCAGAAAGCUGAAGCUCUGCAGCAGGCUUGCGAUCAGGAGCUCUCUAAGCGUCUACAACAAGUGCAGACUCUGCAUUCCCUGAGAAGCACAUCAAAGGGCAAGAAAACGCUACCUUGGGGAGACUGGCUUAGUUCAAAACGCAAAAAAUAAGGCUGUGCAGCACUGCUUCACGUGUCAAGGAAAUACAAGUCUCUUCUGCAUUAGAACGAACACAAGCAAGAUAUGUCCUGGGAACCACAGUUUGCUGCUAAAGCUGUGGUCUGGCUCUGGACAACUAAAAUCUGGACAUUGUCCUAAGGCUUAAACUCCUAUGACGACUCAACUCAUGUGUAACCAAAGGGAUUUUGACUUUUUGCGGAAUACUAGAACAAUGGUAUUGCUAAACAUAGCAUGCAAGGGUUCAGCUCUGAAUACUGGGUUGUGAGCCAGAAACUUCCAUCUGAUAAUACUGGAUCUGUCCUCUGAAGCCUCAGGCACUUGCUUACCUUGUCUUCCUUUCUUUACAUUGAAAAGGUGGGAAAAUAACUAUCUCACAAGGACACUUUGAGGCACAGCUAAUGAUUAGACAGAAGGUGCUUUUGAGGAUUGCUCAUUGAACACACACUGCUCAUUCUUUGGUGGAGUUUACUGUGAUUGGGUCUAGUUAAAAUGUCAUUAUGUAGGGUUUUUUUUUUUUUUUCCCCAGCUGCUGUCGGGCUCUAAGCUCCAGCCUGGGAUCUAGGAACUUGAAUUCUUAUGCCAAUUUCAUCAGUGAAAGUAAAAUUAAAACCCUUUAACUUCCUUGCUCUUUCUGUAAGGUACUCCUGCCUCUUGGGUGCAGUUAUUUCUAAAAUAGAGCAAAGGUGGAAAUGCUUGUUUUGAAAGACUCUGGGGCCUAAGUCUUGUAUUCCUGUCUUAAUCACUGGCAGAGUAUCAUGACACUUUUUGUAUUAACUGGCUUAUUUUCAAAUUGGUUGCAGUGGUUUUUUUUAAUGUCAUUAAAACCUUUUUACCCUUCUGCUGGACUAGUUUUGAUACUCCCACUGGCUUCUAUGAUUAAAGAACGUGGUGAUAAGUACAAGACUAUCUCAAGGAUAGAGGGAGAAGAACUUAUAUUUUGCCCAUGUCUCCUUAAAUAGAAGUAUUCUAUAUUUAACAUUUCCGAAGAUUUUUAGGUAUGGCGCACGUUCUCACAUUGGUGACACACCAGAACUCUCACUUAGCUCACAAAAUAUCUUCUCCUGUGAGAACAGAUGUAUAUGGAAGAAUCUGAAAGGUGAGCUGAAAAAUUGCUGAGAAUCAGUUCUACUAGGGGCAAAUGUUUCUUCCAGUUUCAUGUAACCCCCACUGAUUCAACAUGACCUUAAAUGGUGCAGGAUGCCUAUCCGUGAGUACUGCUACAGCAGGCAUUCAGACUGCAUACAAUAGGCUGUAUGUAAUAUUGUAUUCCAGUUGAAUUAUGGUACACCACUAGUGUAACUGCAAUAAACGCUCUAACCAGUUCUAGUGCCCUUGAGCAAGUGAGCAAAAAUGUGGUCUAAGUUCCAAUGAAAUUACCCACGUGGAACUGACUGGAAUUAUAGCUAGUUAUAUAACUCAGAACUGUAAUAGGAGCAGUGCAGGCUGUUAAGUACCACCUAGGACUUUAAGGGUGGUGGUGAUGGGGGAAGCUUGCAGUCAACUUUUUGGUCGGUCUGUUUUGCUAGAGCAAGUAAUUGCUUCUUACAAUACAUGCUUCUGGCUUGUAAUAUUAUAGGCCAUGGCAGGUAAAGAGGUUUCUUGCUGCUUUAAAUAGCUACUUAAGAUGUUCCUUCUGUUACAAGCUUUUGAAGUUCAAGGCUUUCUGGAAUAGCAUAUUUGGCUGUACAUUAGCAGCAUUUUUGAAGCAUGCUCUUUUAUGCUCUGUAAAGCUAAUUACAGUGGCUAGCAAAUUAAAUUGAGUGCAGUGAGCAAACGAGCAGGCAGCAGGCUUUUUCUGUGACCUCACUUCUCGGCUUGCAAUUACUGUUGUUCCUAUUAUAAACCCUUCUCUCACAAUUUGCUCAAAGCUGAAAUGCUUUUGCUUUUUUUCUUUUUUUCCAGUCUCAACUUAGCAAUGGAAAUCUUCCCGGUCAUGCUGUAUAAGAGGAAAGAAAGGUUUUUACUUGUAGCCUGUUUCAUAGAUAUGUAAAAUCGCAGAUAAGGUAACUGCUUUGAUCCUGCAUGUAUUAGGAAUAUUUAACUCACCUACUUGCAGGCAAAAAUUGAGUUGGAGUCACAGAGACCACAUUGAUCCUUCUAGUAGGAAGGCAGUGAUGGUCCUUCCAAUCUAUCAUUAAGGGAAAAAACAGAGAGCUUUCUUUACUCUUUUUUCCUCCUUUUUUCCUCCAGAGUUAGAACUCUUCAGAUGCCUGUAAAUCACUAAAUAUUGCAGUUCUUACUACAGAAUAAAUGCUAUCUUGAAUGUGACACUGCAGUCACAAUGUAUUCCCCUUGCCUAAAAUCCUCAGCAGGAUUAAGUAAGAGGUAUUCAGUCUUACAUUUGAUAGUGUCUAGCUACAGUGCAAUGUGGUACUUUCCAGGGGCAUGACCUAAUGUAGAGGAAAAAGGGGAGAGAAAAGGUUUAAUUACAAAGAGAAGGGAUUAGUUAAUGGGUAAGAGCACUCACUGGUAAAUGUCUUGAAAGGGGCAGGUACUGCUGAAGCAUCAUAAAGCAAACCUUCAGUGGGAUGCUAUGGUAAUAAGAGCAGGGAAACUCAGAAGAAAUUGCUGAUAUUUCUAGGCCACAAAGGACGCCUGUGUCUUAUUGGCUGACCGGCUCUGACAGCUUUGCAAAAACUUAAUUUGUUGGCGCCGUCCUCUCAGGUAAAGGUGGAGGUAGAUUACUGCACUUUGCAUCUAUUUGCUCCUAUUAGCGCUUGCAGAAGAAGCAAGUGUUCUUCACAGCGCGGAGGAACAGUAACUUUGUAAGUGCCUGAUGUAGAUGAUAAACUUUCUUAUGGGAAGGAAAGUGAUGGCUUGCUUCUGAUUAAUAUACAGAACAUAGAGCUAGGCUCCUUUUCCUACAGAGGUUUUAUAUCAGUAACAAGAACAGCAGUACUCCGCAAGAUUGUCUGCGGUGAGUUGAUGGCCACUUGGCAAUCAUGGAGAAGUUGCCACUAACUCACUGUAAUUAUGCUUUGCACAGACUACUUCUGUGGUAUAUAGGCUGCUCUGUCAAUCUUCAAGGAGUUAGUUCAAAAUCUAAAAGAACCGAGUAUCUGGAAGGUACUAAGCUUGCCAAUUUAUUUGCAUUUUUAAAAAAACUUAUUCUUUCUAUUCCUUCUUAUUUCUUCUUUUCUUUUUUAGUGUAAAUGCCAAGAAGGAAGAAA